AUGAAGAUACUGGUUGUAUUACACGUACUUGGUCUCUUGGGACUAUGCAGCUGCAAGGGUGUCCCAAGAUAUGCAUUCAAGGGAACCGGUUAUGACAAUGUCACCCUUGAUCUGGCUAACCCAGACGAAACAUACGUAUUCGUUACUGAUUCACACCAUGGAAAUCUCGACUACCGCAUGUUCUCCGCGCGUGUUCAAGAUUCGCUUGCCAAAAUUGUGUACAACGGAGAAGUUGUUUGGGAAUCUGGACAUGGCAACAAUGCUAAUUCUGUGCAUCUUAUCUCCAGCGGCGGAGUAGCUUAUCUUGCUGAGGUAAUCAAGGGUAACGUAUGGUCUCCCGUUUCUUCUUUCCACGAACGCGAAAGUGGCACAUGGGUACAAGUAGAUAAGACAUACUAUGAAAAGAGGUCCCACGCGCUCUUUGAUGAAAAGGCCGAGUUUGAUGUAGCAAUCAACAUUUCCAAGCCAAGCAAGUCCGACAUUUCUGUUUAUGAGCACAACGUUAAUGGACUGAGCUACAAGCGUUUCGUCCCCAAGCAUGGUAUGAAUGUUUCAUCCAUUGUAGAUGAUGUUAUGCCCAUAUGGAAGAAGUUAGAUGCCUCCAAGGUUACCGGUGUUUCGACAUUCUCUGCUUACGGACGUUCUGUGUGCAGAUUUGAUAUUAUCGAUGCCAAGAACAAGCUUAGCCAACAAUAUUUUGAAAAGGUAAACGAUGUUUGGAAGUCAUUAGGCUCUACCUCCUUCUUCAAAAAGAUUAGUGAACUUAGAGAAGCCGGUGCCUCCACUUUAGAGGUUGAUGUUCUUUCUUCACAAAAGGGUCCGUUCAACAACAGUGUCUACAACGAUUACGGUGUUGAGACCCGAUUGGUUUCCCCUUUCCUUGGAUUCAAGAUUGCUGCCUUGUAUCACGGUGAGGAACGUGUUUGGGAAGGAAAGAGUGGUGAAUACUGCACUAGUGCCACCUUCUUCAAGAGAGGUAGCUUGUAUAUUUGCUCAGUUAAGACCGCUGAUAAGGAACUAUUCUUUGAGCACUUCGAUGGACAUUGGGCUCAGAUCGAUGCUGAUACCUUCCAAGAUCGUCAUGGCAAGAUUACCAUUACAGGAAGGCUUUCAGAUAAGUCAUCCACUUUAGAGGUUGAUGUUCUUUCUUCACAAGAGGGUUCAUUCACCAACACUGUCUACAACGAUUACGGUGUUGAGACCCGAUUGGUUUCCCCUUUCCUUGGAUUCAAGAUUGCUGCCUUGUAUCACGGUGAGGAACGUGUUUGGGAAGGAAAGGAUGGUGAAUACUGCACUAGUGCCACCUUCUUCAAGAGAGGUAGCUUGUAUAUUUGCUCAGUUAAGACCGCUGAUAAGGAACUAUUCUUUGAGCACUUCGAUGGACAUUGGGCUCAGAUCGAUGCUGAUACCUUCCAAGAUCGUCAUGGCAAGAUUACCAUUACAGGAAGGCUUUCAGAUAAGUCAUCCACUUUAGAGGUUGAUGUUCUUUCUUCACAAGAGGGUUCAUUCACCAACACUGUCUACAACGAUUACGGUGUUGAGACCCGAUUKGUUUCCCCUUUCCUUGGAUUCAAGAUUGCUGCCUUGUAUCACGGUGAGGAACGUGUUUGGGAAGGAAAGGAUGGUGAAUACUGCACUAGUGCCACCUUCUUCAAGAGAGGUAGCUUGUAUAUUUGCUCAGUUAAGACCGCUGAUAAGGAACUAUUCUUUGAGCACUUCGAUGGACAUUGGGCUCAGAUCGAUGCUGAUACCUUCCAAGAUCGUCAUGGCAAGAUUACCAUUACAGGAAGGCUCUCCGAAAAAUCCUCUGCUUUUAACGAGGCUGAACACAGUAUUGAUAUCUACACUCUUGAUAUUACUGCUCUUCCAGAGGAGACUGAGACUGUCAAGCCAGAGGAAGAUAGUCCAUACACUUUCUCAAUUGUUGCUCAUGGUACCCCAAUCACCAAGGUUGUCGACGGAGAUUCUACCAUAUGGACCGGUUCCGAUGAGGAAUUCUGCAUCUCAUCUUCCUUCUUGUCUGACGGAAGGAAGAACUUGUUGGCCCAGAUAGCUGUAGAGGGACACAACGAGGAGACUGAGCUUCUCUACUUUCAGAAGAGAACUUUUGGAUGGUAUCAAAUUACCGAGGAGUUGUACGACUUUUUGAUCAAGAGACUAAACCUUGUCAAGGAAGAUGGCUUCUUGACCACUUCCUUCUGUGUUGUUCCACUCUUGUUUGCCGUUGUUUCUGGCAUUUCCGCAUUUUAA